GUAUUCGUUUGUGAAUCUCUGGCAAAUUUAUAUCUGGGCAAUGCAGCGCAAAGUGAGCACUGGGAUCUUCGAUUUACCGGUAUUCCAGUGGUGGUUUUAGAUCUAGGUGAAACACGAUCUCGAUCGAAACGACGUAUACAAAUCUUACUUGCUGAAAGGGGUACUUGUUUCACUUUAUGGCGUGAAACUAUCGACAAUUUAUCGUCUUACAAGGUAUCUGGACCAGCUUUCCACACAAUGUGUUUAUCAUCCGAUCACACACGCUUAGCGGGAUUAAGUUUCGACAACUCAAAAGCCGCUAAUGAUCUCUGGCAGCAUAUUGAACGUCUCAUUUCUUGUCCGGAGAAUAUAAGCCUCUCAGUGCCCGGCAAAAAGAAGAAGAAGAAACAGCCUCCACAGAAGAAAUUUGUUUUACCUACGAAGAGUAACAUCAGUCAGCCUUGUCAGUUUCAACAUAUUACCAGUGUCGACGCCACCGACCGAUCGCGAUAUUUUUCUCUACAGACCCUCGUUCCUAAGUUGACUCAUAUCGAACAUUCUAUUCAACCUUCUAUUUAA